CUAGGCAGGCAUGACUUUGUCAGUCAACCACCCCGCAGCCGGGCCCUGGGCUUUGUUAGCAGCCACUUGGCGAGGGCCCCGGGCGGGUGGGGAGGCGGCGCUUCCUCCAAGAGGAGGUGGGACCCCGGCCCCGACGACCUCGGAGCCGCCCCCAGCCCCGGAUCGCCGACGACACCUCUCGCUGCUCCAGGAGGACCUGCAGGAGGACGCAGACGGAUUUGGUGUGGAUGACUACAGCUCAGAGUCUGAUGUGAUUAUUAUACCUUCAGCCCUGGACUUUGUCUCACAAGAUGAAAUGUUGACGCCCCUGGGGAGAUUGGACAAGUAUGCUGCAAGUGAGAACAUAUUUAACAGACAAAUGGUGGCCCGGAGUUUGCUCGAUACCUUGAGGGAAGUCUGCGAUGAUGAAAGAGAUUGUAUUGCUGUUUUGGAAAGAAUUAGCAGAUUGGCCGAUGAUUCAGAACCAACUGUGAGAGCGGAGCUGAUGGAACAGGUGCCUCACAUCGCACUGUUUUGUCAAGAAAACCGGCCUUCAAUACCAUAUGCUUUUUCAAAAUUCUUACUACCUAUUGUGGUUAGAUACCUUGCAGAUCAGAAUAAUCAGGUGAGGAAAACAAGUCAGGCAGCUUUGCUGGCUCUGUUGGAGCAGGAGCUCAUUGAACGAUUUGAUGUGGAGACCAAAGUGUGCCCUGUCCUCAUAGAGCUGACAGCCCCAGAUAGCAAUGAUGAUGUGAAAACAGAAGCUGUGGCUAUAAUGUGCAAAAUGGCUCCCAUGGUUGGGAAGGAUAUUACAGAGCGUCUUAUCCUCCCUAGGUUUUGUGAGAUGUGCUGCGAUUGCAGAAUGUUUCACGUUCGAAAGGUCUGUGCUGCCAAUUUUGGAGAUAUUUGCAGUGUAGUUGGCCAGCAAGCUACUGAAGAAAUGUUGCUGCCCAGAUUUUUCCAGCUUUGUUCUGAUAAUGUAUGGGGAGUCCGAAAGGCUUGUGCUGAAUGCUUCAUGGCGGUUUCAUGUGCAACAUGUCAAGAAAUCCGGCGGACCAAAUUAUCAGCACUUUUUAUUAAUUUGAUCAGUGAUCCUUCACGUUGGGUUCGCCAAGCAGCUUUUCAGUCUCUGGGACCUUUCAUAUCUACUUUUGCUAAUCCAUCUAGCUCAGGCCAGUAUUUUAAAGAAGAAAGCAAAAGUGCAGAAGAGAUGUCAGUAGAAAACAAAAAUAGGACCAGAGAUCAAGAAGCCCCAGAGGAUGUACAAGUCAGGCCAGAGGAUACUCCUUCAGAUCUCAGUGUUAGUAAUUGCAGUGUCAUACUGGAAAACACGAUGGAAGACCAUGCUGCUGAGGCAUCCGGGAAGCCUCUAGGUGAAAUUAGUGUUCCACUGGACAGCUCUUUACUUUGUACUUUGUCCUCAGAAUCUCACCAGGAAGCAGCUAGUAAUGAGAAUGAUAAAAAACCUGGUAACUACAAAUCUAUGUUACGACCAGAGGUUGGCACCACUUCACAAGAUUCAGCUCUCUUAGAUCAGGAAUUGUAUAACUCCUUCCAUUUCUGGAGGACUCCUCUUCCUGAAAUAGAUCUAGACAUAGAGCUUGAACAGAACUCUGGGGGAAAACCCAGCCCAGAGGGACCAGAGGAAGAAUCUGAGGGCCCUGUGCCCAGUUCUCCAAACAUCACCAUGGCCACCAGAAAGGAACUGGAAGAAAUGAUAGAAAAUCUAGAGCCCCACAUUGAUGAUCCAGAUGUUAAAGCACAAGUGGAAGUGCUGUCCGCUGCACUACGUGCUUCCAGCCUGGAUGCGCAUGAAGAGACCAUCAGUAUAGAAAAGAGAAGUGAUUUGCAAGAUGAACUGGAUAUAAAUGAGCUACCAAAUUGUAAAAUAAAUCAAGAAGAUUCUGUGCCUUUAAUCAGCGAUGCUGUUGAGAAUAUGGACUCCACUCUUCACUAUAUUCACAACGAUUCAGACUUGAGCAACAAUAGCAGUUUUAGCCCUGAUGAGGAAAGGAGAACUAAAGUACAAGAUGUUGUACCUCAGGCGUUGUUAGAUCAGUAUUUAUCUAUGACUGACCCUUCUCGUGCACAGACGGUUGACACUGAAAUUGCUAAGCACUGUGCAUAUAGCCUCCCUGGUGUGGCCUUGACACUCGGAAGACAGAAUUGGCACUGCCUGAGAGAGACGUAUGAGACUCUGGCCUCAGACAUGCAGUGGAAAGUUCGACGAACUCUAGCAUUCUCCAUCCACGAGCUUGCAGUUAUUCUUGGAGAUCAGUUGACAGCUGCAGAUCUGGUUCCAAUUUUUAAUGGAUUUUUAAAAGACCUCGAUGAAGUCAGGAUAGGUGUCCUUAAACACUUGCAUGAUUUUCUGAAGCUUCUUCAUAUUGACAAAAGAAGAGAAUAUCUUUAUCAACUUCAGGAGUUUUUGGUGACAGAUAAUAGUAGAAAUUGGCGGUUUCGAGCUGAACUGGCUGAACAGCUGAUUUUACUUCUAGAGUUAUAUAGUCCCAGAGAUGUUUAUGACUAUUUACGUCCCAUUGCUCUGAAUCUGUGUGCAGACAAAGUUUCUUCUGUUCGUUGGAUUUCCUACAAGUUGGUCAGCGAGAUGGUGAAGAAGCUGCACGCGGCAACACCACCAACGUUCGGAGUGGACCUCAUCAAUGAGCUUGUGGAGAACUUUGGCAGAUGUCCCAAGUGGUCUGGUCGGCAAGCCUUUGUCUUUGUCUGCCAGACUGUCAUCGAGGAUGACUGCCUUCCCAUGGACCAGUUUGCUGUGCAUCUGAUGCCGCAUCUGCUAACCUUAGCAAACGACAGGGUUCCUAAUGUGCGAGUGCUGCUUGCAAAGACAUUAAGACAGACUCUACUAGAAAAAGAAAUACCCAGUUUAACUGGUUACACUCGUACUUGACGGACUCUGAAAUGUUCCGUUGGACUGGUUUCAUCUGUCCUAUGCACGUGUCAUUUCCAGACUAUUUCUUGGCCUCUGCCAGCUGCCACCAGGAGGCUGUGGAGCAGACCAUCAUGGCUCUUCAGAUGGACCGUGACAGCGAUGUCAAGUAUUUUGCAAGCAUCCACCCUGCUAGUACCAAAAUCUCCGAAGAUGCCAUGAGCACAGCGUCCUCAACCUACUAGAAGGCUUGAAUCUCGGUGUCUUUCCUGCUUCCAUGAGAGCCGAGGUUCAGUGGGCAUUCCCCACGCAUGUGACCUGGGAUAGCUUUCAGGGGGGGAGAGACCUUCCUCUCCUGCGGACUUCAUUGCAGGUGCAAGUUGCCUACACCCAAUACCAGGGAUUUUAAGAGUCAAGAGAAAGUACAGUAAACACUAUUAUCUUAUCUUGACUUUAAGGGGAAAUAAUUUCUCAGAGGAUUAUAAUUGUCACCGAAGCCUUAAAUCCUUCUGUCUUCCUGACUGAAUGAAACUUGAAUUGGCAGAGCAUUUUCCUUAUGGAAGGGAUGAGAUUCCCAGAGACCUGCAUUGCUUUCUCCUGGUUUUAUUUAACAAUCGACAAAUGAAAUUCUUACAGCCUGAAGGCAGACGUGUGCCCAGAUGUGAAAGAGACCUUCAGUAUCAGCCCUAACUCUUCUCUCCCAGGAAGGACUUGCUGGGCUCUGUGGCCAGCUGUCCAGCCGAGCCCUGUGUGUGAAUCGUUUCUGACGUGUGCAAAUGGGAAAGGAGGGGUUUUUUACAUCUCCUAAAGGGCCUGAUGCUAACACAAGUAGGAUUGACUUUAACUCUUAAGCGCAGCAUAUUGCUGUACACAUUUACAGAAUGGUUGCUGAGUGUCUGUGUCUGAUUUUUUCAUGCUGGUCAUGACCUGAAGGAAAUUUAUUAGACGUAUAAUGUAUGUCUGGUGUUUUUAACUUGAUCAUGAUCAGCUCUGAGGUGCAACUUCUUCACAUACUGUACAUACCUGUGACCACUCUUGGGAGUGCUGCAGUCUUUAAUCAUGCUGUUUAAACUGUUGUGGCACAAGUUCUCUUGUCCAAAUAAAAUUUAUUAAUAAGAUCUAUAGAGAGAGAUAUAUACACUUUUGAUUGUUUUCUAGAUGUCUACCAAUAAAUGCAAUUUGUGACCUGUA